AGGGAAAUCGAACAGAAAACAGUAAAGACAUCAAGUAUCUAAUCAAGUAUAACAAGAGGUUACUAACCUACCUCUACAACUCAACUCCGGUAUUUAUACUACCCCUCAGAUCAACGACAAAGGAUUGGCUGCCGUGAUAUUCCCUAUUCCCUAUUCCCCAGCAAAAAGCCACUCAAGAUCCACCACACAAAGUCGGAAAUAAUUAGGGGUAUAGACAGAAACAGUACAAGCUUAAGUUCCGCCUUACGAGGAGAAGGGGUGCUUGCUGGUUACCACGACAUCAGUCGGAUCACAUGUAGACAGCGAACGACUAGACCUACCUAGGUAUACUUACAAACAUACACACAAUAUCAUAAUAUACAUAUAGAUAUAUAUACGCAUACACACACAUAGGUAGACAACGCAAUACACACCUACACCAAAAUGACCGACCCCGUGGUCCCCCCCGCCCUCCGCAACAUCAAAGCCCUAACCUUCGACGUAUUCGGGACGGUCGUAGACUGGCGCUCGACGGUAGAAGACGCGCUAGCCGAGGUCGCACAAGCCAAGGUCGCCUCGCCGACCUACGCGUCGCUCCCCGCGGCGUCGCGCGCGCGCCUCGAGGCGCUGACGGCCGACGACUGGGCGCGGUUCGCGCAGGAGUGGCGCGCGUCAUACCACGUCUUCACGAGCACCUUUGUGCCGGGGGAGACGGCGUGGAAGGACAUCGACGCGCACCACCUGGAUUCGCUGCGCGUGCUGCUGCGCGCCUGGGGGCUCGCUGAUAUAUUCCUCCCCUCCUCCGCAGACGAUGACGAUGACGAGGGGGGAGAGGAAGUGCGGUCGCUAAGCCUGGUGUGGCACAGGCUCCGCCCGUGGGCGGACUCGGCGGCGGGGAUCCGGCGGCUGGGGACGCGGCUGCAGACGGCGACGCUGUCGAACGGGAACCAGUCGCUGCUGCGGGACCUCGACGCGCACGGCGGCCUCGGGUUCCGCCGUAUCAUCUCGACGGCCGACUUUGGCGCGUACAAGCCGCACCCGUCCACGUAUCUGGGCGCGGCGGCGGCGCUGGGGGCUCGGCCCGACGAGGUCGCCAUGGUGGCGGCGCAUCUGGGGGAUCUGGCCGCGGCCAGGGAGCUCGGCUUCAGGACGAUCUAUGUGGAGAGGCCCGGGGAGGAGCAGUGGGGGCCGCGGGAAGGUCGGUAUCGCGAGGCGCGCGAGGAAUGGGUCGAUCUGUGGGUUGCUGAGGGGGAGGGGGGCUUUGAGGAGGUGGCGAGGAGGCUCGGCAUUCCGGAGUGAAAAAGGCGCGCCCUUUCUUAAACGCGCGAGGUGGGAAGAGGGGGGGGGAGGGGAGGGGAGGAAAGGGGGCAAAAGACGACAGCCUUUUCUUGAUUGAGUUGUUGUUGUUGUUGUUGUUAGACGAGGGAACCUAUAGGGAUUCGCGGAAGAAGGAAACCCUGCGCUUUUUGGGACUGCCUAGGUUAG